CUUAGUACAUUUUUUCUCCAUUUCCUGAAAUGGAAGCAGGAAGAAAUAAACAGAAACUAAAAUGGAGCAAACUGUACACAUUCUCAUGUUUGCAUCCUCAUACUAAUGAAGGUGAUCCUACUUCUUUUUCUUUUGCUGCUGGUGCACCAUCACCUCAAAGUUUCAUUGGUCAGCCAGGUUAUUCAAGGGUGGUUUUUUGCAAUGAAUCACAUUUCCACAAGCACAAACAAUACAAGUAUCCUAACAACUAUGUAUCCACAACAAAAUACAACAUUGUCACCUUCUUUCCUAUAGCACUUUUCGAGCAGUUUCGUCGUGUUGCCAAUCUGUAUUUCUUGUUAGCUGCUGUGCUAUCUGUAACUUCCUUGGCUCCAUUUUCUCGUGUUAGUGUCAUUUCACCACUUGUUUUCGUCGUUGGGAUUAGUAUGCUCAAGGAAGCUAUGGAGGAUUGGAAUAGAUUCUUGCAGGACUUGAAGGUGAAUGCAAGGAAGGUUAAGGUUCAUAUAGGAAAUGGGGAAUUUGUAGAGAGAGCCUGGAAAGAUGUAUAUGUGGGCGAUGUGAUUAAAGUUAACAAGAAUGAGUACUUUCCAAGUGAUCUUUUGUUGCUUUCAUCAAGCUAUGAAGAUGGUCUUUGUUAUGUUGAGACUAUGAAUCUAGAUGGUGAGACUAAUCUGAAAGUAAAGAGAAGUUUGGAAGCCACACUUAGUCUAGAUGGGGAUGAACAGUUCAGUAAUUUUUUAGCCACGGUUCGUUGUGAGGAUCCAAAUCCAAACCUUUAUACAUUUGUAGGAAAUUUGGAGUUAGAAAAUGAAUCUCAUCCUUUGUCUCCAACUCAAAUUCUUCUAAGGGAUUCAAAGCUCCGAAACACUGAUUAUAUCUAUGGGGUUGUGGUCUUUAGUGGACCGGAUACAAAGGCUGUGAGGAACUCCACAAGGUCACCAUCUAAACGUAGUCGAGUAGAAAGGAAGAUGGAUCAUGUAAUUUAUGUCCUUUUUGCCAUGCUCAUUUUGAUAUCGAUGGUAUCCUCUAUCGGUUCAGCUGUACUCACAAGAUCUUAUGCUUUAAAGUGGUAUUACCUUGACGUGAAAAUGAGUGCUGAUUCAUCUUUUAAUCCAGCAAAGCCAGUUUUAUCAUGGUUGUUGCAAUUCAUAAGGGCUUUAGUGUUGUAUGGAUACUUGAUACCAAUUUCUUUAUAUGUUUCGAUUGAAGUUGUUAAAGUUCUGCAAGCUAUGCUCAUCAACAAGGACCAGAAGAUGUAUGAUGAUGUAACAGAUAAAUCAGUUGAGGCAAGAACUUCGAAUCUAAAUGAGGAGCUUGGACAGGUGGAAAUGAUUCUAACUGACAAAACAGGCACAUUGACUUGUAACCAAAUGGAAUUUAGGAAAUGUUCAAUUGAAGGGAUUUCAUAUGGGGGUGAGAUCACCGAAAUUGAUCUUGCAGCAUCGAGGAGAAUGAAUGUUGAGGUGGAGAGAUAUCGGUUUAGUCUAGGUGGAUAUGAUCCCACUGGUCGAAGCCUAGAGAUGUUUGAGUUCUCAAUGGCUGAUCCAGCAACAGAGAAGAUGGCCCUUGGUUUGGAGAAAGGAAUGGAGGCUCCUAAUACAAUAAAUCCAAGAAAUUCUAUCACAAGAAGAGACUCAGUUAUUAAGGGAUUCAAUUUCAGGGAUGAUAGACUAAUGGACAAAAUGUGGAUUAAUCGAUCUAAUGUGUCAGAUAUGAUGAUGUUCUUUCGUGUCAUGGCUCUAUGUCACACCGGUAUUCCUGUUGAAGAUGGACAAAGUGAUAAACUGAAAUAUGAGGCAGAGUCACCUGAGGAAGUAUCCUUUCUGAUAGCUGCACAAGAGUUUGGAUUCAAAUUCUGUCAUAGAACUCAAUCUAUGAUGGUUGUUGAAGAACUUGACCCCUCUUCUGGAAUGGAUGUUAAAAGGGAGUACAAGCUUCUGAAUCUUUUAGAAUUCAACAGCUCUAGAAAGAGGAUGUCUGUGAUAGUGAGAAAUGAAAAUGGAGACAUCUUUCUCCUGUGUAAAGGGGCUGACAAUGUUAUUCUUGAUAGACUUGCAGAUAAUGGUAGGACAUACCAGCAAGCGACAAGUACACAUCUCUCAAACUAUGCAGAAGAUGGCUUGAGAACCAUGCUUUUUGCAUACAAGAAAAUCAAGGCAGAUGAGUAUGAGAAGUGGAACUCACAAUUUACAAAAGCCAAGGCCACUAUAGGUCCAGAAAGAGAGGACCUACUAGAAAAUGCCUCUGAAAUGAUUGAGACAGAGUUGAUCCUGCUAGGUGCAGUAGCAAUAGAAGAUAAGCUACAAAAAGGGGUUCCUGAGUGCAUAGAUAAACUAGCACAAGCUGGAUUGAAGAUCUGGCUGCUAACUGGAGAUAAGACAGAAACAGCAGUUAACAUUGGAUAUGCUUGCAGUUUACUUCGGCACGACAUGAAGCAAGUUCAUUUGACUCUAAGCAAAGAAGCUGAGUCAAAAAAUCUCAUGAAGGUCAUGAGAGAAGAUAUAUUGGGUCAGAUUGAAAGAUACUAUCAAAUGGUCAUUCAUGAAUACACAAAGGAUCGACCUUUCGCCUUGAUAGUGGAUGGAAGAGCUCUUGAAAUCGCCUUGAGCAAUGAGUAUGGCAUGAAGGAUCAGCUUCUGAGAUUAGCCGUUAGAUGUGAUUCUGUCAUUUGCUGCAGAGUUUCUCCCAAACAAAAAGCUCUGAUCACGAGAUUAGUUAAGCAAUACACUGGCAAAACAACCUUGGCUAUAGGCGAUGGUGCAAAUGAUGUAGGUAUGAUCCAAGAAGCAGAUAUUGGUGUUGGAAUCAGUGGCAUGGAAGGAAUGCAGGCUGUUAUGGCAAGUGACUUCUCAAUGCCUCAAUUUCGUUUCCUGGAGCGCUUACUUAUAGUCCACGGUCACUGGUGUUACAAGAGGAUCUCCAAGCUGAUUCUAUAUUUUGUCUACAAGAAUGUCGCUUUUGGCCUUACGUUAUUCUUUUAUGACAUCCUCACAACUUCCUCAGGGCAGGUUCUAUUUGAUGAUUGGUACAUUGUCAUCUUCAAUGUCUUUUUGACAUCCUUGCCUGUGAUCUCCUUGGGUGUGCUAGAACAGGAUGUUUCAUAUGAAGUCUGUCUUAAGUUUCCAACCCUUUAUCAGCAAGGACCUAAGAAUAUCUGCUUCAGCUGGAAACGAAUCAUCGGAUGGAUACUAAAUGCAUCGUUUACAUCACUAGUAAUCUUUACAAUCAGCAUUAGUGCACUUUCCCCAGCUGCUUUCACACAAGGUGGAGAAGUGGCUGACAUUGGACACAUUGGUGCAGUUACUUACACUUGCAUAAUCUGGACAGUGAACUGCCAAAUCGCGCUAAUAAUAAACCAUUUCACUUGGAUAAGCCAUUUACUCAUCUGGGGUAGCAUCAUUUUCUGGUACAUAUUCUUGUUCUUGUAUGGAAUGAUCCCACCAAACUACUCGAAAACAGGAUUUCACCUCUUAACAGAAGCCAUAGGGCCUGCAGCAAUAUUCUGGAUUGUUACAUUGCUAGCUGUUGUAGCUUCACUACUUCCAUACUUCAUUCACAUUGUUAUUCAAAGAUCAUUCUUGCCUAUGGAUGAUCAUUUGAUCCAAGAAAUGGAACAUUUUAGAAUGGAUAUCGUCGAUGGACCGAUGUGGUUGAAGGAGCAGCAGAAAUCCAAGGAAAAGACUAAAGUUGGAUUUUCUGCUAGAGUUGAUACCAAGAUUAGGCAGUUGAAGGAACAGUUGCACAGGAAGAAAAAAGUCAAUGUUUAAGUUUGUUUCAAAUAGUCAUAACUAUAAAUCACUGUAAAAAAGAAAUCAGCUUUGAAUACUCAUAAAUAUAGUACUUCAUAUUAUUUGGCUAGCUCUAUACUGAUAGAAAGGGGGUUUAGUGGUUACCAAUAAUUUAGAGAUGUUUGAUUUGCUAUACAUGUAAUUUUGUACUCCAAAUAUUUGUUGGGAAAAUUAUAGCCCAAAGUCUAGUACAAGUUAUAAACUUUAUUCUAAAUAUACAUAUCUA